AUGGCGUCCAGUUCUUGUGCUGUGUCACGUAACCCCAACAUCGGUAAGACAUCCUCACGGGCAGAAAGAGUCCCCGAAGUCUUCCGCGCACAUCUCUCCAAGCUGUUGCUCAAUCACAGCAGAGGAAUAUCGGUGGAGAAGUUCGCCGCCUACUUCAAGCAUUCGAGCAAGGAACGCAUCAAGUUCGAGCUAUAUGGUUACACUAGCUUGACAGAAAUGCUCGAGGAUCUACGAGAUGUCUGCGAAGUACAGAAGACAUCGCAGAGAACAAUGCUUUUCGCCGUGGACGACGCACUGAAGCUCCGGAAUCGCUACCGACUGGACAAGAGGGUGCAGCCGACCACGAAGCCCGAGCCGGACGCCCUCCAGAAAUUCGUCACCACGCUUGGCGAACUGAUCGUCCUCAGAAAGAACGGCGAUCUCUAUGCACCGACUUGUUCUCUAGCGCAGCUGGCCGGCUUCACGAAAGAUACAGUCCUCCAAAGCCUCGAAGAGGAUGGGAUCAGGGUCAAGGGAGUCCACUACCUGACCGUUGGAGAUCCGCACCACGAGGAACUCCGUUUGAAGAUCGCCGUCUGGUGCCCGCUGGCUUGCUCGGAAAACGAGCAGAUCGUCGAGAAAAUCGCUCUCGUCCCCCUAAAGAGCUGUAACUUCAUAGUGGCAGCUCUGAGCCCCGAUAUACCCCAGGACAACGCCGUACGGAAGCUCAGAAUCAUAUCCAGCUUCAAGAUGACUCGAAACUGAGAUCCGCGCGUUCACCCCCGUGGAAAUGCUUCCACUGGGAAAAUCUGCUCCGGAUCUGUGAAUUUAUACCCAUGUCCCAGAAGAGCCGUUCAUUUCAACGAAUGACGUUCUUUUAUGCAGACCGGAGAAAUUUCCCAGAGGAGCCCAGAAUGCCCUUUCUAUAGUUCAUAAUUUCGACGUGCGGAGCAGGGAUGUGUGUGAGCCAAUAUUCGUUUUCUAAUGUUUGUGGAAAAUCUCAAAUUCUCUCUUCUCAAGGUUCAAUCCCUAACUGGAGCGUAGUUUCUCCGGUUUGGGUUCAGCAGGCGACACUCUCGCCUGGAACGAUGUCUCUGCCAUUAGGUACGCGGAUUCUCGACGAGAUUCAGUUAGGUCGUACGAAACGCUAUAAGCCAAUACGACAGAUCUUCUGCGUCUGAUCUAAAUUAACUACGCGACCGCUCCGUCGCUCAACGCGAUGCGAGUUGUCCUCUUAAUGUCGACCUUAAUAAAGUGAAU